UUCGACCCGCGAUUCAAACUUGUCAGCAUUCGCUGCAUUGUAAGUUGUAAACAAAUUAUCAAAUUGACAAUUUGAUAAAUAAUAAUAAUUGAAAUUAUGAAAAACUACUAAAACAAGUAACUACAAACUAAUUUCCUUUCACGAUGGCACAAAAAACAGUCCGAGGGACGGGAAACCUCUUGUAGGAUUUAGUUUGUUCUGUCGUUCGUUUGAAAAAGUGUGAUGAUUUUGAAAAUUUAAAUUCAACAAAAGUGCAAUCUGAACUGAAAUUUAAAUCUGCACACUGUUUCAUCUGCCACAUUUCUGGAACGAGACAGCAGCUCCGUCCAAUAACUGAAGUAGAAUUUGAAACUUUACUAAACAUUAUUUGCUUGACGGAGACUUUAUCGGUGGACAAGUUCUACUGCAUUUGUCCCAUGUGUUCAGAAACGCUGGUGAAAUUAAUAAAUUUGAAGACAGAAAUUGACAAAAUUUCCACCUGCAUUCGCAGUCUGGUGCAAUUACGAGGCAAAAAAUUGGAUAUUUUGGAUGGAAAUUUUCCUAAUCCAACAGGAAAUGAAUCUGGCACAAAAUCAAGCGGCGAUGUUGCAGAAAUCAAUUCCAUCAAACUUUCGACAAGCCUAGACAACGUGACUGUCGAUGAGGAUAACGUCGACGAAUUUGUGGAGAGUCCUCCAAAUGAGUCCUUAGGUCCUGAUGAAGGCGAUUGUAUGCCAAGUUAUCAUCUUGCUGAAGAUGUUGAAGAAGAGUCAAGACCAUUGAUAAAUUUAGGUGAUAUUGAUAUUGACAUCAAAUUCUUCCCCACGGCUGAUGCUGAUGAGGCCGGUGACAACAUGUUCCCGCAUUUUGGUGAUUAUCCUGAUUCGGAAACGAUCAGCACCAGCUUGUCAAAUUUGAGUGAAUUAGUGCAAACAAGUAAAAAGCUUAGUCGAUCGAACUCGAACGGUAAGGAAGUUAUCUCACGUGACGCUAAACGACCAAGAGCUUCUAGAACCCGUGCUGAAGAGUGUAUAAAAAAUUUGUCAAGGCGUGACAGUGAAAAUGACGAUGAUGAUAUUGGCAAUCAUGAGGAUGCUGAUUUCCAUGCAAGCAGUGAGGAUGAAUCGGCCUAUAGUGAAGAUGAUAAUUCCAGUCGAGCUCUCCCAGAAGCUGAUGUCGAUGUUGGUGCACCUUUAUCCAGAAAAUCUAAAAAUAAUCUGAAUCGCACUCAGGAUGUAAUUCCUCCUUCGAAAUCUACAGUUUGCAGCCAGAAAUUUAAUAAAAGACAUAAAUUGGAUCAUGAGACAAAAUGCGAAGUUUGUGAUAUGCAAUAUACGACAAAACGUGGUUUAGAUGAACAUCUCCAAUCGAAGGAUCACGCUGAUGUUGUAAGAUGCCGAAAGAUUAGCGAUAAUGGCGUUAUUACAUUUUCUUGCUCUAAAUGUGAUCAUGUCGGGUUUCCCGAUUUACUUGAACUAUUGCUACAUAGAGACAAAGUUCACGACCGAGUUCACAAGCGAGAUCACAAGUUCACGUUGCCGUUUGGUCCAACCGAGUUAGAAAUCGCGACUUUACGAUGUACCAUUUGCCAUGAUAAAUUCAGCGACCUGGCAACCUUGAUAAAACACAAAGCUGUACAUAUCAAUAAAUGCGAAGUGUGCAAUAUAAGUUAUUCUACACCAAAUGAACUUAAAUUCCAUCUUGAGUCGGGCCAACACGAAGCAGCAAUUCGAAGCAGGAGAUUCGAUUCCGAUGGCAAGGUCACCUUCGUCUGUGACCUUUGCCCAGAUCAGUCACCGUUUUACGAUCUCUUAGAAUUUUUCCUACACAAGAAAAACGUUCACUGGAAACCAACAACAUGCCAACCUUGCAACAAAACCUACGCCUCGAUGAGGAGUUACGACCAACAUAUUCUCUCAAACGUACAUGCCAAAACUGUCGGACCGAAAGCAUUGGCGGCUCUAGAGAGGAAGAAGAAAUUCAAGUGCAGCAAAUGUGACAAGAUCUACCCUGCCGAGUCCUUGCUCCUUGGCCAUAUUCGAGCCGCCCAUAAUCCUCCUGCCUACGUUUGUGAAACUUGUGGGAAACGCUGUCGAAAUUUGGUCAGGUUGAACGCCCAUAAGAAUGCGCACCACCGAUCGAGAAUGUUUACCCCAAAAGAAAGAGCCUUUCAAUGUAAAUUGUGCGACCAGCGGUUCACCAGCUACGCAGGAAGAUACAGACAUGUCCAAUCUUUGCACAAGGGAAUACGCUACAGGUGUGAUUUGUGCCCAAAUGAAUACGCUAAAAGUUGUUCCUUAAAGAGGCACAAAGACAAUGCUCAUAACUUGAACAAUGACAAACCACCCACGACCAAGGAGAAAGCUACUCGUCUUCAGUGCGACAUUUGUUUGAAAACGAUGGUUAAACAAAACCUUGGAGGACACAUAGAACUCUUUCACUUGCAGGACAAAAGUAAAUGUCCUUUUGAUUGCUGUGAUGUGGAAUUUGCGACUGAACAGGAGUGGAUUCAACAUUUGGAGGGGUGCACAUCAGAAAAAAUUACGGAAGCUUCUAGAUCCUCCUGCUUCUUUUGUGGAGCUUUGUUUCCAACCCAAUUCCUCCGAAUUGUCCAUCAUCUGCAAGCCCACAAAACGUUUGCGUGUGAAAUAUGCUCCAAGGAAUUCACCAGGCAAAUAAUACUGGACCUUCAUAAAUACUCACAUCAAGAAUCCAAACCACAUCUUUGUCCAAAGUGUGGAAAGCGAUUUAAACAAGGUUGGAAUCUCAAACUUCAUACCACAACGGUUUGCGGGGAUGAUGACGAAGAGAAACAAAAAAUGCUUGAAAAAAGAAGGGAACAGUAUAAAUCAUUUAGAGAAAAAGUGAGUUUUAAUUGCGACGAGUGCUCGGUGGGAUGCACGACGGCGAGAAAUUUGGAACUGCACAAAAGUCAAGCUCAUUGCGACAACUUAGACUAGACGAUAUUUAUUUUUAAGCGUUACUAUCUGUUUUCCGCAUUUAACGUUUCGCACUUCAUAAAAUUAUAUGGAGCUAAAAUCCACUUACAUAUUUGUAUAAAAAUUUGUUGAAUUAAAACCAGUUACACAAAAAUUAAGCUAA